ACGUGGCAGUAAUGAACCUUGAGUUGAUAUGUAAAGCGCCAAUAAACAACAGAAGAAGAAUCUGAUGAUGCAUAUAUACUUCGUUGGAGAGCGCGCCAGACAGCGAUAUGUACUCAGCGGAAGUUAGAAGUUGCUAUUGUUAGUGUUAAAACAAUGCAACAUGUAAUUAACUCAAAAUUAAGACUAUAUAAAAGUGCGGAGGGCAUGUAUUACUAAUUAUGCCGCUAUAUAAGCAGGAUACUGAGUAUACUGAUAUCCGUAUGUUCAGAGUUAUGGAUGUGUUUGAUGGAGGUCCUCCUUUUCAAAGGAUAGUCAGAGUUGGCCUUCUUGAUCAAGAAUACAAUGAUGAUCUGGAUGAUUAUGCAAUUGACAGUCAUGUACAUGGUCACAACCAUUUUCAUGGAUACCCAAGGCUCUCUGACAUGAGUAGAGAUAUACAAUUACGUGGUCAACAUACAAGGUCAUCCAGCUUUGUUUGUCAUCCCACACUGCAUUACUACACUUCACCGUGUGACCUUCCUCGCCCGCCCUCUGUAAAAGUUCAAGCAAAGGAGAGUGAUAGUGAAAUAAGAUACAGAGUGUCAAAAGAAACUGAGAAAAGCAGAGCAAAGGCUGACAAGAAGCGACUUAAGAAAAAGAAACAGAAGGAGAAAAAACAGCGUGAGAAGUUGGGAAAGGAGAAACAGAACCCCAAUAAAAACGAGGAUGGAAAAGAAGAUGCACAGCAGUCUAAAGCACAUGACGGUAAACCAGUUAAUGAUGAAUCCAACGGUGAUGCAGAUUCCAGUGGUAAACAAUUGGGUUCAGCUAAAGAUACAGACAGCAGCAGCAGUAGUGAAGAUGAAACCAGCGAUGAAGACGACGACACCAAGAGUGACUCCUGUGACUUUGAGGAACUGGAUAUGACAAGUACUUUUGUGAGUAAAGUCAAGCUUAAGUUGGAGCAGAAGCCCAAGCCUGAGAGGAGAGAGAAGAAGAAGGUCCUGGUUAAAGAAGAACAUAAAACUUCCCCCAACAAACCCCCAAAUGAAGACCAGGAGGCUGAAAAGAAGGAUUCUGCCACCUCUAGGACCAACACCUUAGAAGAUAAUGUAAAAAUAAGUACUGAGCUUGCAAAUGUUGGAAAUGGGUUUGCAAGUUCUGGAGACUAUAAUAUGGCUGUGAAGUAUUUCACAGAUGCAAUUAAGUACAAUCCUACAGAGUUUAAGCUGUUUGGCAAUCGUUCCUUCUGUUUUGAAAAGAUGCAAGAAUAUGAGAAGGCACUGACUGAUGCAGACUUGUGCCUCAGGCUGUGUCCAGGUUGGGUUAAAGGCCUGUUCAGGAAGGGCAGAGCUCUGGCUGGCCUAAAGAGGUAUAAAGAGGCUGCCCAGGCUUUCAGUGAGGUCCUCAAACUGGACAGUUCAUGUGUAGAAGCUGCCCAGGAACUGAUGCGGGUGCAGAUAACACAGCUAAUGGGUUAUGGGUUCACUCGGGAGCAGAGCUCAAAUGCUUUAAUUAUUCAUGAGACAGUGGAAAAAGCACUAGAAGUUCUGACCAAAUUAAACCAUCAGCCAGGAACUACUCAGCAUGCCAAUCUUCUACCGGUUCAGGUGGCAAAUGUCACUGGAGUCUCUCCAGUCCUGUCGGCCAGCACAAGCUCUACACCUGCUGCUGCUGCUAAUGCUCCACAGUCGCAGACUGCACCAAAAAUACCACCUAGCAAACCUUUAGGCUCAGUUCAGCAUAUGUCAGCUGUUCAGAGUCAACCCAAACCCAUUCUUAAUCAGGCCAUGAAAAGCGGCAUUGAAGCUAAUCGACUACCACUCAGGGAGUUGUUUCCAGUUUGGGUUGGAAACUUGGUUCACCCAGUAACUGAGUCCAUGAUAACCAACCUGUUUAACAAGGUCGGGGUCGUCUAUAGUGUGAAAGUCCUGAUUAACAAACGAUGUGCCUUUGUAAACUUUACAAAACAAGAGUAUUGUGAUGAAGCAAUCCGACGCUUUAAUGGCUUUGAGUUUAAUGGCUUCAAGAUUGUUGUGAGAUACCCAGACAGGAUUCCUCAUGGCAUGGGCAUUUCAAAAUCUGCCCUCAAAGCCGAUGACCUGCAGGAUGAGAAUAUGAGGCAAAGCAAGUACGGUGACGAGAGAAACGCAGGUGGAAGCCGAAGGCCUGUUCGUCCUUGUGGAUAUGUCCUUGACUACAGAGGCAACCACCAAUACUGAAAGAAAACAAGAUGCCACUGAGCUAACCCAGGUCUGCCGGUCCUCAAUACUGUCCAGUACAUACAAUGAGCUUUUAAGCCUUUACUUCCACUUGAAGUGUCAGUGUUUUUAGUAGAUCACAGAAACCAGUGCUUAUUGUUGGGAAGGAAAUGUAAUAGUCACUGAAAAUGACUCUCGCUGUUCUAAACAGAUCACAUCACAGUGCUUUUUGUUUUAACCAUGGGUAAAGGUGUGAUCUGUUUUAUGUGCAGUGAUUCCAGGUUUUAACAAAAGCUUUUUAAUGUCAAAAGUGUUCAAGCCUGACUGAUUAUAUUGGACAGCUGAUAAUAUUCGUUUUAAAUGUCACAGAAAAAUCCAUACAUAUUUACUUGAUUUAAUUUCGUAACAGAGACAAAAGUCUGUUCACCAGACUGCUGUGUUGCCAACACUCCACGGCACAAGCUAGCAGAGCAGCUGUGAGAUGGUAUGACAGUGUUUAAACUCUAGAACUUUGGGAAGUCAAACUAAUUUGCGGUGUUAAAUGUGUUCAAUCAAUGUUUGAGACUUUUUGAAAUUCCGGAGUAAUGGUAUUAUUAUGGGGGCCCUAAAUCCAGUAUUACAUCGGGUCAUAAGAUGAAAGCCAUGACAUUUUUAUUGUAUAAUUGAAAUACAGGCUGAGAUGCAGGAAUCAUUACUAGUAUACUUAUUACUGACGUCAUUUAUGUAUUGUACACUUUAAAAUAAGUCAUUGCAAGAGUCUCACACUUAAGGCCUAUAUCUAACUGAUCUGUGUUCAGUAUCUAUUCAGAAUUAUCUUUAUUAUUCUCUAUACUUCAAAUAAAAGUUGCUCUUUUAUCCUAUCUAAACAGUCCUUUAUGAUACAACAGAAAAUGUGUUGCUUAAUUAAAUUCUUCAUGGUUCAUUUUCAUCUGUUGGAUGGUUUAAGAUUACAGUUGAUCAUGGGGUGGCUUGUUUUAUUUUAUUCAGAUACUCUCUUUAAUUAUGGAGUUGGUGUUAAAGAAUUAAAGGUUCUUUCAUAUUCUGA